UACUCACUGGUUUUGCUUGUGCAGCACGCAAAUCGGUACUAAAUGCCAUGGCAAGUUUUUCGGUGUCUAGGGAUGUUUUAAGCUGUCCCGUCUGUCUGGAUUUACUGAAAGACCCAGUCACAGUACCAUGUGGACACAGCUACUGUUUAAAAUGCAUUACUGAGUGUUGGGACCAACAGGACCAGAAGGGUAUUUACAGCUGCCCACAGUGCAGAGAAACAUUCACAUCUAGACCUGUGCUUCGCAGAAGUACAAUGCUGAUGGGUGUCGUUGAAAAUCUGAAGACCACUGAACAGUCUAGUGCUGAAACACCUCGCUAUGCUGGACCAGCUGACGUGGAGUGUGAUUUCUGCAGUGAGAAGAAGUAUAAAGCCGUCAAGUCAUGUCUGUCAUGUCUACUGUCCUAUUGUGAAGUUCACAUCCAGCCUCACUAUGAAGUGCCUCGCCUGAGCAAGCACAAGCUGGUGAAUGCCACCUCACAGCUACAGGAGAAGAUCUGCUCUCAGCAUGACAAGAUCAUUGAGGUAUUCUGUCGCACAGACCAGAAGCUCAUCUGUGUGCUCUGCUCAAUGGACGACCACAGUGGACAUAAAACGGUCUCAGCUGCAGCAGAACGGAUUGACAAACAGAAAAAGUUGGGUGAGAAGAAAAAAUGUUACAAGAAUCUCAUCAAGCAGAAAGAGAAGGAGCUGCAACAGGUCCAACAAGCCCUAGGGACUCUCCAGGGCUCUGCACAGAAGGCUCUUGAUGAAUCUGAGAAGAUCUUCACUGAGGUGAUCAAGUUCAUGGAGCAGAAACGCUCUGAGGUGGCAGAGUCGAUCAGAGCCCAGGAGAAGGCAGAGGUGAGUCGAGCUGAAGGACUCCUGGAGCAGCUGGAGAUGGAGAUUGCUAAACUGAAGAGCAGAGAUGCUGAGAGGGAGCAACUGCUACAGAUUGAGGAUCCUGUUGAUUUCCUCAAGAGCUUUGCUACCUGCCCCCCUACUCCUGUGUCCACCAGCAGGAUUUUCACUCCUCGUUUAUCCUCCACUGUCAUCAUCACACCUGCACUCAAGGACAUACAGAAGAUGUUGCUGAAGUUACGCCCAGGUCGUAAAGCUGAAGCCCCUGUCUCGAUGCCUGGUGCCCGCACUGUCUCCCCUGCGACGGCAGGUCACAAAUUCAAAGCCCUCGUCUCCCAGUCCAAGCGACGCAUUGCUCCCCCUGCAAAGAGAGCUGAAGCCUCUCUCUCCCAGUCUGGUGGCUGCGCUGCUCCCCCUGCCAAGAGAGGACAAAAAGCAGAGGCCUCUCUCUCCCAGCCUGGUGGCUCUACUGUUUCCCCUGCCAAGAAAGAGACCUCGGUAGGCGACCAAGUUGGAACUGUUCGAAAAACCCAGUAUGGCCGGAGACAUCUUACAACCACGCCGGCGCAAGGUCGUUCCAGAUGGCAGAUCUAUGAUACAUCCGAUGACUCGUCAUCAGACGAUUUGCUCUUUUACUGGUGAGCGUCACUCACAGCAGUGUGGCUGUGAUCCAAGGUGAACAUCCAUCCUUUAGCCACCUCUUGCUUACAAAGUGACCUGGGGGAAGAGAAUGGACACACUGUUCUAAUUGGGAGCUGGAUGUCAUCAUGGUCCGUGUUCCAUGUUCCAUUGUGCCAUGUUGUCCCAUUGGAGACGUUCGAAAGGGAAUUAGAAAUCUUUGGUCAUUUGCUCCUGGAAAUGUAAUCAUGUUCCAUGUUCUAUGUUCCUGGGAAUGUUGUCAUGUUCCAUGUCCCUUGUUCAUUUUAGUUUAAAGAUGAUUUUUUUCUAAAUUAAACUAUAUAUAGUAUAUAUAUAAAGUAUAUAAGAAGUAUAUACAUAUUUGAGUUGAAUUU